AUGUCCGACCGACCUACACAAGGGCUCACAUGGGGCCCGCGCAGGGAUUUCUACAACGAAUCUGGGUCUCAGAAGAUCAUCCGGAAGCUCAAGGAAGAGCCGUUAGUUCCGAUCGGUUGUAUCCUAACAAUUGCCGCCUUCACGAAUGCCUACCGAGCGAUGCGCCGCGGCGACCACCACAAGGUCCAGCGCAUGUUCCGCGCCCGUGUCGCCGCACAGGGUUUCACAGUGCUAGCCAUGGUCGGAGGUGGCAUGUACUACGCCGAGGACCGCAACAAGCGGAAGGAACUUGGAAAGCUGAAGCAGCAGCAGGAGGCCGAGGAGAAGCGGCAGAAAUGGAUUAGGGAGCUGGAAGCGCGCGACGAGGAAGAGAAGGCGCUGCAGGAAAUGAUGGACAAGAAGCGGAAGCGGGCUUCUGAGCGCACAAUGCGCGCCGAAACCGGUAGCGAGGGCAUCGCGGCACAGGCGAGAGCCGCUUUUAAGGACAAGGCCAACAAGGGUGAGGCGGCGGGCGCAGAGAAAACCGAAGCUCCCAGUCAACGGGCGGAUAACGAGAAGAAACCUGCUGGUUCUGGGUUUCUUGGGGGUUGGUUCGGCGGUUCAAGCAAGACACCAGAAACUCCAGCCAAGGACACAAAAGGCAAAAAUCUCGACUCCGAGAGCUCGAGCUGA